UUCCACAUACGUUUCGCUUUAAACUCCAAUCAUGUCUCUCUUCACGUCUUUCUUAAGUUGCUUUGUUCCAAAAUCCAGCUCAAGGAUUAGUUCAAUCGAUGGUAGUAUCCCGAAAGGCUUGUCGUUGGAGAAGCCAAAAAGCAAAUCUGAAUCUCUUAGAGCUCCAAUCAUUGUAUCUUAUUUCCCCGUGCCCGUGGCUUCAAGGCUUUCGCGUUUGUAAGAACUAAGAAGUGUGGGAAGGUCAUUGGCAUAUUUGUUGUCAUGUGAGACUUUUUGUUUUGUUCCUUUUGUUCGGUUAUUUGCAAAUUGUAAUGGACCACCUACCUAGGUUUGAUAACAUCAUAUUUAGGUCUGGCAACAAAAUUAUAUGCUUUGUAUUCAAUCCAAAUAAAAAUUAAUAACGUUUACAUAUUUUGUAUAAUUUAAUCAAUCUUAGGAGGAUCAAGAGUGUGA